GGCCCGUGGCGGCGGCGGCGACAGCGGCGACCCGGGGAUCGAGCUGGAGGGAUCUGGGGAGCGCGUCGAGACCUCUAGCUGGAGCUCGAAGGACCUCCCGCCGGGAUGCCUGGGGAGCAGAUGGACCCUACUGGAAGUCAGUUGGAUUCAGAUUUCUCUCAGCAAGAUACUCCUUGCCUGAUAAUUGAAGAUUCUCAGCCUGAAAGCCAGGUUCUAGAAGAUGAUUCGGGUUCUCACUUUAGUGUGCUUUCUCGACACCUUCCAAAUCUCCAGAUGCACAAAGAGAACCCUGUGUUGGAUGUUGUGUCCAAUCCUGAACAGACAGCUGAACAGGGAGACCAAAAUAGUGGGUUCAAUGAACAUUUGAAAGAAAACAAAGCUGCAGAUCCUGUGGAUUCUCCUCAUUUGGAUACAUGUAGUUCCAUCAGUCAGGUCAUUGAACAGUUACCUCAGCCGAACAGGACAAGCAGUGUUCUGGGAAUGUCAUUGGAAUCUGUUCCGGCGGUUGGGGAGGAGAAGGAAGAUGAGUUGGAAGAGAAGGGGAAAGAGGAAGUAGAAGAAGACCCUUCAGAUGCUGCUGCACACUGCCUUGGUGCUGAAGAUACUGCCUCAUCACAGCUUGGCUUUGGGGUCCUGGAACUCUCUCAGAGUCAGGAUGUUGAAGAACACAUUGUGCCAUAUGAAGUAGACAAAGAGCACGUACAGUUAAUAACCACCAGCUCUGGUUACAGCAGGCUGGCAGAUGUGGAUGCAGAUACCGUUAAGCAUGAAGAGCUGCCCAGUGAAGCUAUCCCUGUGGCAGAACAGCCCGGCAAGGACUGCCCCGUGCCGACCGCACAGCCCGGUAAUGUGGUGCAUAUGGUCGAAGCACAAAGUCCAGCACAGGCAAGGUUAGAAGACCUGCCUUCUAGUCCUAGAGUGUCUCAUGCUGCUAUGGAAACAAAAGAACAAACGGCUGUUCCAGAACUUCUGGAAGGUGGAUUACAGAUUCAGAAGUCACCAGAACCUGAGGUGUUGUCAACUCAGGAAGACUUGUUUGACCAGAGCAAUAAAACAGUAGCCUCUGAUGGUUGCUCUACUCCUUCAAAGGAGGAAGGUGGGUGUUCUCUGACUUGCACACCUGCUACCACUCUGCAUGUGUUGCAGCUCUCUGGCCAGAGGUCCCUCCCGCAGGAGAGUCUGUCCACGAAUUCCUCAGACCUUGUUGCUCCUUCCCCUGAUGCUUUCCGAUCUACCCCUUUUAUCGUUCCUAGCAGUCCCACAGAGCAAGAAGGGAGAAAAGACGAACCAUUAGAUAUGUCAGUGUUGACUGAGGGCGGGGUGGAGCCUUUUCAGAAGAAACGCCCAGCAAGCGAUCCAGUGCAAAUAGAAAGCACAGCCCUCCCACCUGCGUGUACUGUGUCUCCCCAAGUGUCGGCGCCAGUGUCUCAGAGCACACCAGUGUUGACCCCUGGCUCCCUCCCUAUCCCAUCACAGCCUGAGUUUUCACAUGACAUUUUCAUCCCAUCACCAAGUUUGGAAGAACGAUCAAAUGAUGAGAAGAAAGGUGGAGAUUUACAUAAUUCAUCUUUGACUGUUGAGCGUUCCAGAACUUCGGAGACUGAACCAAAGAAUUCCACUGAGGAUCUUGGGCUCUCUUUGACAGGGGAUUCUUGCAAGUUGAUGCUUUCUACAAGUGAGUACAGUCAGUCCCCAAAGAUGGAGAGCUUGAGUUCUCACAGGAUUGAUGAAGAUGGAGAGAACUCACAGAUUGAGGAUACUGAACCCUUGUCUCCAGUUCUCAAUUCUAAACUUGUUCCCUCUGAACGUGAUAGUAUCCUGAUGAAUCCAGCACCUGAUGACCCAGUAGACCUGAAUCAGAAUGAUGAUAAAACAAAAGGAGGGGACGCAGAGAACAGGGAUGACAUCAGUAUUUUAGCUGCUGGUUUCAAAGACCGAGAAGAGACUGUAACAGAAGACAUUUGUAUUGAUCUCACUUGUGAUUCAGGGAGUCAGGCAGUUCCUUCUCCAGCUACUCGGACCGAGACACUUUCUAGUGUCUUAGAUCAGGAGGAAGCUAUGGAAGUUACAGAACACCAUCCAGAAGAUGGCUCUUCAGGGUCUGAGGUAGAAGAAAUCCCUGAGACUCCUUGUGAGAGUCAUGGAGAGGAGCCCAAAGAAGAACAUGUAGAGAGUGUUCCAUUUCACCUUUCUCUGACUGAAACUCAGUCCCAGGGAUUGUGUCUGCAAAAGGAAAUCCCUAAAGAAGAUUGCCCAGAAGCUAUGGAAGUUGAAACCAGCGUGAUUAGUAUUGAUUCCCCCCAGAAACUGCCCAUUCUUGACCAAGAAUUAGAACAUAAGGAUCAGGAAGCUUGGGAGGAAGCCACUUCUGAGGAUUCAAGUGUGGUCAUUGUAGAUGUGAAGGAGCCAUCCCCCCAAGCUGACAUUUCUUGCGAACCUUUGGAGGGAGUGGAGAAAUGCUCAGAUUCUCAGUCCUGGGAGGAUGUUGCUCCAGAAAUAGAAGCAUGUGCUGAGAAUAGAUUAGAUCCCCAGGAAGAGAAGAACGUAGAAUAUGAUGGAGUUCUGAAAUCAGUGACUACAGAAAAGGAACCUGCAGAGGAAGACUCCGCACAGCCUCCCUUGCCCUUAGUGAGAGCAGACGAGCCUCCGCGGCCUGACCAGGAGAAGCAGCAGCCCCAGCUUCCGGGGAAAACAGAUGGUUCACUACCAGAAGACUCCAAAGUGGCGAAUGCUGCAAAGCAGCCAGGCUCAGGUGGUGAACCCAAGCAGCUGGAGAAGGCCUCUGCCCAUACCUCGCAGAGCUUCUGUGAAAGUUCUAGUGAAACCCCAUUUCAUUUCACUUUGCCUAAAGAAGGUGAUAUUAUCCCACCAUUGACUGGCGCAACCCCACCUCUCAUUGGGCACCUAAAAUUGGAGCCCAAGAGACAUAGUACUCCUAUUGUGCUGGGAGGUAACAGUCAUGCCGUCUGGAGUCUCCUGCUACCUAUGCCUGAUGCUGGCAGAUGUGGGUUGGCUGAGGGCUCAUGCAGCAUCCUUUGUCCAGAUGCAGAAGUGGAUCUGAAUCCUGUUGCUCCUCUAAGACCAGGCAUCAGCAACUAUCCAGAAAAUGCCAUAACAACCAGUGUUGUCAUGUCUGAAAGCAUGGUAGAGACCAACGAUGCCAUACUUGGGAGUGAGAAAGGGGAUUCUGGGGCUGCCCCAGAAGUGGAUGAGAAACUGUCUCUAAGAAUGAAACUGGUCAGUCCCGAGACAGAGGCCAGUGAAGAGUCUUUGCAAUUUAGCCUGGAAAAGCCUACAACUGGUGAAAGAAGAAAUGGUUCUACUGCCGUUGCUGAGGCUGUUGCCAGUCCCCAGAAAACCGUUUCUGUGUUUGGUUGCAUCUGUGAAGCCCGACAAGAAGAGAAGGCUGGAAGUGAGGAGCUCCCCUCGGCCCCCAUCAGGGGGAACUUGCUUCAUUUUCCAAGUACUCAAGAAGAAGAGAAGAAAGCAAAAUUAGAGGGCGAUCAAAGCAUUAGGGAGAGUGAACAGCCAGUGAAGAUGGUUAGUCUCCUCAAGGAUCCCACAUCUCCUGCCUCUCAGCAGACAUCCUCACAAGGGCCGUGCAGCCCACAAGGAGAAGCCAUGGAGACAGAUGCACAGGAAGACCAGCAAGAAGAACAGGACGCCCACCAGGAAAAGCCCAGCAAGGCCUUGGUUGAAAGGCCCAUCCAGAACAACAUUGGAAUCCAGACCCUGGAGCGUUCCCUCUGGGUCCCAGAAACUGUUUCUGCAGCAACCCAGACUGUCAAGAAUGUGUGUGAGCAGGGCACUAGCACAGUGGACCAGAGCUCGGGGAAGCAAGAUGCCACAGUGCAGACUGAGAGGGGCGGUGAGGAGAAGCCUGUUGGUGCCCCUGCGGAUGACACAGAGUCGCUCCACAGCCAGGGAGAAGAAGAGUUUGAUAUGCCUCAGCCUCCACACGGCCACGUCUUGCAUCGCCACAUGAGAACAAUCCGUGAAGUGCGCACACUUGUCACCCGUGUCAUCACAGAUGUAUACUAUGUGGAUGGAACAGAAGUGGAGAGGAAAGUCACCGAGGAGACUGAAGAGCCAAUUGUAGAGUGUCAGGAGUGUGAAACCGAAGUGUCCCCUUCACAGACGGGGGGUUCCUCAGGGGACCUGGGGGAUAUCAGCUCCUUCUCUUCAAAGGCAUCCAGCUUGCACCGCAUGUCGAGUGGGACGAGCCUCUCGGUCUUGCACAGCAGUGGCAGCUCAGGGAGAGGAGCCGGACCGCUGAAGGGGAAAACUGCUGGGACAGAACCCACAGAUUUUGCUUUACCCAGCUCCCGCGGAGGCCCAGGAAAACUGAGUCCUAGAAAAGGAAUCAGUCAGACAGGGGCACCAGUGUGCGAAGAAGAUGGUGAUACUGGCCUUGGUGCCCGACAGGGAGGGAAGGCUCCAGUCACACCUCGAGGGCGAGGGCGAAGGGGCCGUCCACCUUCUCGGACCACUGGAACCAGAGAAACAGUUGUGCCUGGCCCAUUGGGCAUAGAAGACAUUUCACCCAGCAUGUCGCCAGAGGAUAAGUCCUUCACCCGAAUUUUGCCCCGCGUACCAGAUACUACCAAAAGAGUAGACAUGGGUGCUGGUGCUCUGCGUCGCAGCGACUCUCCAGAGAUACCUUUCCAGGCUGCUGCUAGCUCCUCAGAUGGCCUCGAUGCCUCCUCUCCAGGGAACAGCUUCGUAGGGCUCCGUGUUGUUGCCAAAUGGUCAUCGAAUGGCUAUUUUUACUCCGGAAAAAUCACACGAGACGUCGGAGCUGGGAAGUACAAAUUGCUUUUUGAUGAUGGGUAUGAGUGUGAUGUGUUGGGCAAAGACAUUCUCCUGUGCGACCCCAUCCCACUGGAUACUGAAGUGACAGCGCUCUCCGAGGAUGAAUAUUUCAGUGCAGGAGUGGUGAAAGGACAUAGGAAGGAGUCCGGGGAGCUGUACUACAGCAUUGAGAAAGAAGGCCAGAGGAAGUGGUAUAAGCGAAUGGCUGUCAUCCUGUCUUUGGAGCAAGGAAACAGACUGAGAGAGCAGUAUGGACUUGGUCCAUACGAGGCAGUGACGCCCCUCACGAAGGCAGCAGACAUCAGCUUAGACAAUUUGGUGGAAGGUAAGCGGAAACGGCGCAGUAACAUCAGCUCCCCAGCCACAACUACUGCCUCCAGCAGCAGCAGCACAACCCCUACCCGGAAGAUCACAGAGAGUCCUCGGGCCUCUGUGGGAGUUCCAUCAAGCAAAAGAAAACUUAUCACUUCAGAAGAGGACCGGUCCCCUGCCAAACGAGGCCGAAAGUCAGCCACUGUGAAGCCUGGUGCAGUAGGGGCAGGAGAAAUUGUCAACCCCUGCGAGAGCGGAGACAACACAGCUGAACCCUCUGUCCUGGAAGAGCAGAGGGGGCCUUUGCCCCUCAACAAGACCUUGUUUCUGGGUUAUGCCUUUCUCCUCACCAUGGCCACAACAAGUGACAAGUUGGCCAGCCGCUCCAAACUACCAGAUCUCCCUACAGCAAGCAGUGAGGAAGAGGAAGAAUUUUUAGAAAUUCCUCCUUUCAACAAGCAGUACACAGAGUCCCAGCUUCGAGCAGGAGCUGGUUAUAUCCUUGAAGAUUUCAAUGAAGCCCAGUGUAACACAGCCUACCAGUGUCUCCUAAUUGCUGAUCAGCACUGUCGAACCCGGAAGUAUUUCCUGUGCCUUGCCAGUGGGAUCCCUUGUGUGUCUCAUGUCUGGGUCCAUGACAGCUGCCACGCUAAUCAGCUCCAAAAUUACCGUAAUUAUCUGUUGCCAGCUGGAUACAGCCUUGAGGAACAGAGAAUUCUGGAUUGGCAACCCCGUGAAAACCCUUUCCAGAAUCUGAAGGUCCUCUUGGUGUCAGAUCAGCAGCAGAACUUCCUGGAACUCUGGUCUGAGAUCCUCAUGACUGGGGGUGCAGCAUCUGUGAAGCAGCACCAUUCAAGCGCCCAUAACAAAGAUAUUGCUUUAGGGGUGUUUGACGUGGUGGUGACAGACCCUUCGUGCCCAGCCUCCGUGCUGAAGUGUGCUGAAGCAUUGCAGCUGCCUGUGGUGUCACAAGAGUGGGUGAUCCAGUGCCUCAUUGUUGGGGAGAGAAUUGGAUUCAAGCAGCAUCCAAAAUAUAAACACGAUUACAUUUCUCACUAAAGAUACUUGGUCUUUCUGGUUUUAUUCCUUACUAUUGUGGAGACUGUGUUUUAACCAGGUUUUAAAUGUGUCUUGUGUGUGGAUUCUUUGCAUGGAUCUUGUAUAUAGUUUUAUUUGCUGGACUUUUAUGAUAAAAUAAAUGUUGAAUCUUUUUGGUUGU